GGAUCGUCUCUCUACCCCGUCUCCCAGGAAUAUUUAAACGAGGCAAUACAAGAGAACACGCAUCCCAUCUGCGGUUUCGCUACCACCCUGGGCAUCGAAAACUAGCAGCAUCUGGUUAUAGAAGCACCUGAAGGGGCCUGACAUGCCGUUUACCUCCUGAUGAGGAUGGGCACUCAGGGCAGCCCUGUGAAGAGCUACGAUUACCUCCUGAAAUUCCUGCUGGUGGGGGACAGUGAUGUUGGGAAAGGGGAAAUCCUGGAGAGUCUGCAGGACGGCGCAUCCGAAUCUCCAUACUCCUAUAGUAACGGUAUUGACUACAAAACCACUACUAUCCUGCUGGAUGGCCGGCGGGUCAAGCUUGAGCUCUGGGACACCUCUGGCCAAGGCAGGUUUUGCACAAUCUUUCGGUCUUACUCUAGAGGAGCUCAGGGAAUCCUCCUAGUUUAUGAUAUCACCAACCGAUGGUCCUUUGAUGGAAUUGACCGAUGGAUCAAAGAAAUAGACGAGCAUGCUCCUGGAGUCCCUCGCAUCUUGGUGGGAAAUAGGCUGCACUUGGCCUUCAAGAGACAGGUGCCCACCGAACAGGCUCGGGCCUACGCCGAGAAGAACGGCAUGACGUUUUUUGAGGUCAGCCCACUGUGCAACUUCAACGUGACAGAGUCCUUCACAGAACUGUCUCGAAUAGUCCUCAUGAGGCAUGGAAUGGAGAAGAUAUGGAGGCCAAACAGGGUAUUCAGCCUGCAGGAUCUUUGCUGCCGAUCUAUUGUCUCCUGCACGCCUGUCCAUCUAAUCGAUAAACUUCCUUUGCCAGUGGCUAUCAAGAGCCACCUCAAAUCCUUCUCCAUGGCCAAUGGAAUGAAUGCUGUGAUGAUGCAUGGACGUUCCUACUCCGUGGCCGGUAGCGGUGGCGGGGCUGCAGGAAGUGGCGGGGGAAGCAAAGGCAACAGUCUCAAACGGUCCAAAUCGAUUCGACCACCUCAGAGCCCCCCUCAGAACUGCUCAAGGAGCAACUGCAAGAUCUCCUAGCAUGGAUAUCUGGAAAGUGCAGGGGUGAAAAAUGGCGUGCCCAGCCAUUCGACCGUUUGGAGAGGCUGCUCUGUGAGCCGCACCUACA